CAACUGCCUCGACAAGUCUGGUAUGUUCCCUCUCGUACUCGUUUCUUGUCAAUUUCAUUCUCGUUUAGUAGUCUUGUGAAAAAACGCACCUCGGGCGGGCGUCUGCUAUUUCGCAUGCGCUGCUGCAGUGCACAGCACAGCUCUUUAUUUUUCUAGUAAUCCGCGCAACACAUCUUCCAGUCUGAGAUCUCAUCAUGGCGGUGGAGACGAUGAACAUGGCGGCGAGACUGGGCGGAGGGAUGAACAUGAACAUGAACAUGAAUAUGAAUAUGAAUCUGGGUUUGAGGGGGUGUGAGAAGGAUCCGUCGGCGGUGGCGGUGUCGGUGUCGGUGGCUCAUCCUGUAAAGGAGACGCAUUUUAGAGGUGUGCGGAAGCGGCCGUGGGGGCGAUUUGCGGCGGAGAUCAGAGAUCCGUGGAAGAAGACGAGAGUUUGGCUCGGCACUUUUGACACCGCAGAGGAGGCCGCCAGGGCCUACGAUACCGCCGCCAGAAAUCUCCGUGGCCCCAAGGCUAAAACCAACUUUGCCCUCAACGCCGACGACGAUAACCGCCACCACAUACGUACCACCGCCGCCACCGCUACCGCCGCAGCCACUGCCAACGCUGCCUCGCUGCUGAGCAGCCAUGGAGUCACCGUUGCCGAGCCCAGCGAAGACUGGCGAGCGUCCUUUUACGCCAAAAAGGCCGAUGAGCGACGUAUGGAUUUUUGUUACGUCGCAAAAGGUGUCCCGCAGUACGCGGCGGCGGAGAACCGGUCGGCCCCUACUAAGCGCCAGAAGUUAUUUGGUGCUCCCAUUUCGGACUUGUGUGAGGCGAGGUCGGCGCCCUCUUCACUACGCCGUAGGCCGCCGUUUUCCUUAGAUCUCAAUCUGCCUCCUGCUGCUAAUGAUGUAGAGUAGAAAGAGUACAAAAUUUCUGAGAGUAGUGUCGGUCUUUUUUGCCUCUCUGUUUCGAAUAGAAAGAAGUGGUUGCAAGAAUUCCUAUGAAAUUUCAAGGGAUCUGCCCACAGGCAUUUUUGGGUACCCUUCUUGUACAGUUUUAACAUGCAAUUUUUAUCAGGAAAAAAUAUUCCGAGAUUUCAUGAUC